GACAGCAGCGGCACGGGGGAGGGGAGAGUUGACACACAGGAAGCGUUGCAGGGGGACACCGCUCUCGGGACCGUCCACUUGGAGACUGCCAGUGACAUCCGCGCUGUCUCACACGCAGUCAGUAGCGACUGAGGCGCUGCCGCCGGCUGAGGAGGAGGGCAGUCAUUCCGGGAAUGCUGGGCUUAGCCUGGGAGACAGGUGAGCGCUGCCUGCAGGACCUGCACAAUGCGUAGAGGAGGGUGGAGGAAUCGUACGGAAAGCAGUGAUGGCUGGGGUGCCACCGGGUACAUGGCGGCUAAGGUACAGAAACUAGAUGAGCAGUUUCGACUGGAUGCCCCACUGCAGCAACAGAAAGACGGAACAGCCACUAACAUCUUUAAUGGGGUUUCAAUCUAUGUGAAUGGUUAUACAGAUCCCACCGCAGAUCAGCUGAGACAUCUUAUGAUGCUACAUGGAGGCCAAUUUCAUGUUUACUACUCCCGUUCUAAAACUACCCACAUUAUUGCAACUAAUCUCCCAAACAGCAAAAUCAAACAGCUAAAAGAUGAGAAAGUGGUGCGUCCAGAGUGGAUUACAGAUAGCAUCAAAGCUGGACGGCUUCUUUCUUACGUUCCCUACCAGCUUUAUACAAAGCAGUCCAGUGUUCAGAAGACUUUGAACUUCACUUCCAAAUGUAAACCAGAAGAUCCAUUCACAAUAGACAGCAACCAUAAACUAAGCCAUUCCACUGCAAGCACCAUUCAGGCAAAUGGAACAAAUGGAUGGGAAGAGGAUAUUGAAAAGUUCAAUGAGGAGAAAGACUUUGAAAUAGAUGGUUUAGAAGACUUUUCUGAGCAGAGCAGAGAACAGAACUGCAAAGACAGCACUGUUGUCAUCAAUGGACACAACUGUAGCCCUAAUGGUGCCUUAAAGUCGCUGAAUAUAUCUGUGCAUCCAAGUAACCCCUUUGCAAGUAGACUUCAUUCAUUGAAUCAGCAGGAAAAGCCUAAUGUAGGCUCUACUGACUGCACUUUACAGCAAUUACAACCAAACCAUGGACAACUAGAUAUUUCAUUGGAUCCUUACAGGACCGAAUCAAGCUCAGUCUCAUCCUCAUAUUUGCACAAUAAGACUAAACUCAAUGGUGCUCACCACUCGCCUUCAAGCACAAAAAGCACUACCAUGCAUUUGCCUGCCAAGGCAGCCUCUCCACAACUGCCUAAAACAGCCGACUCCAACUUUAUUUCAGACUUUUACUCUCACUCUAGACUGCAUCACAUCUCAACAUGGAAAUGUGAAUUCACAGAGUUUGUACGUGAGCUACAGAGUCAGUGUAAUGGCAACUUUCCAGGUCAGGAGAGGUUAAAAAAAAUGACAGGAUCCGUGCCUGCUUCAACCCAUUCCAAGUGCCAGAACUGCAUAAUACAUGUGGACAUGGAUUGCUUCUUUGUAUCUGUUGGUGUACGUAACAGACCAGAUCUAAAAGGUAAACCUGUGGCUGUCACAAGCAAUAGGGGUAGUGGGAAAUCGUCUUACCGUGAAGGAGCCAACCCUCAACUAGAGUUACAGUACUAUCAAAAUAAGUCGAGAGACAAAACAGAUUCUGCAGUGGACAGUCUGAAUUCUCCACAAAGAAAUGGACACGACAUGGAUAGCUCUGUAUGGGACCAUCCAGAUCUUGCACAGAAAAAUGGGCUAGAUACGGAUACCUCACACCUGUCCUUUGCAGAAAUUGCAUCCUGUAGUUACGAGGCAAGGCAGGCUGGUGUGAAGAAUGGAAUGAUGUUUGGUAAAGCAAAGCAACUAUGCCCUGAUCUUCAAGUAGUCCCCUAUGAUUUUGAGGCUUAUAAGGAAGUAGCCAUGACUUUGUAUAAAACCUUGGCAAAUUAUACUCAUGACAUUGAAGCAGUAAGCUGUGAUGAAGCCCUGGUAGAUAUUACAGAAGUCCUUGCCGAGACCAAACUUUCUCCAGAUGAAGUUGCUAGUGCUAUUCGAGCUGAAGUUAAAGAGAAGACUUUGUGUACCGCAUCUGUUGGAAUGGCCUCCAAUAUUCUUUUGGCUAGAAUGGCAACCAGAAGAGCGAAGCCAGAUGGACAAUAUCACUUAAAGCCUGAGCAGGUUGAUGAUUUUAUUAGGGGUCAGCUAGUUAGUACAUUACCAGGAGUUGGCAGAUCUAUGGAGUAUAAAUUGUCAUCUUUAAAUGUAAAAACCUGUGGAGAUCUCCAAAAUCUUACAAUGUCAAAACUUCAGAAAGAGUUUGGGCCAAAAACUGGCCAGAUGUUGUACAGAUUCUGCAGAGGAUUAGAUGAUCGGCCUAUUAGAAAAGAGAAAGAGAGAAAAUCCGUAUCUGCUGAAAUAAACUAUGGCAUCCGGUUUACAAAGACCAGUGAAGCUGAAGCCUUUUUGAUGAACCUUGCAGAAGAAAUUCAGCGAAGGCUAGAAUCAGCUAAAAUGAAAGGCAGGAAACUUACGCUGAAGGUUAUGGUGCGAAAAGCCGGGGCCCCCAUAGAACCUGCAAAAUAUGGUGGUCAUGGAAUAUGUGACAACAUUGCAAGGUCAGUGACUCUGGACCAAGCCACAGAUAGUGCCAAGUUUAUUGGCAAAGAAACCGUGAAAAUGUUUCAGUCAAUGAAGCUAAAUGUAGCAGACAUGAGAGGGGUUGGACUUCAGAUGCACCAGUUGGUUCACACGAAUGUAUCUAAUGGAGGUUCCUUCUCAUCAAGAUCCGGUCUGUUGUCUGGAGCAUCCCGUUCACUAAUCGAUAUGUUUCAGGAAAAGAGGAAAAUGAAGCCAGUCAUGGAAGAAGAUGGCAAAAGAGUCAUUGUUGCUGCUUUCGAUGUUGAAAUUUCAUCUGCCUCAGACACGUGUGUUUCAGUCUUAUCUAGCCAUAAGAAUCUCACUUCUAGUCAGGAUCCAAGCACUAGCAAAGCAGAAUCUACUGGCCGGAAAAAUGGCUUCCAUUCCCCAAUCAAUGUGAAAUCAAGAGUAAAUUUUACAAUUGAAGUCCCAUCCCCUUCACAAGUCGACCCAUUGGUCUUAGAAGCACUACCCCCUGAUAUCAGGGAACAAGUGGAGCAGACGUUUGCCCUUCAGCACAAAUUGCCCCUUAGUGAAGGCAAAAAACAAAAUGGCUGUAGUACAAUUGGUUUACAAGAACAGCCGGUGGCAACUGUCCUUCUACAGAUCCCACCACUUUCUGAUCAAGCAGAAGAAUGUGGAAUUAAUGUCAUUGCCCUUCCAGCUUUUUCACAGGUGGAUCCAGAAGUGUUUGCAGCCCUGCCUGUUGAACUCCAGGAGGAGUUACGAGCUGCAUAUGGUCAGAGAAAUAAACAUUCUGAGAGCAACAUGGUUCCCAAAAAUGCUUUGCUCCAGCUCAAAAAACCACCACUGAAAGCAAAGAAAAGGAGUCGGAAGAAAAAUCAAGUCAGCCCUACAAAAAAGAUGCAUAGUCCUUUAAAAAACAAACUUUUUAGCAGCCCUGCUAAAAGUUUUUCAGCAAAUGGGAGUCCUCAAAAAACGAGAGAUGCCCUUCUGAAACAAGAAGCCAUACCUCAAGUGCAGUCUCAGGUUGAAAUAGGUCCUUCAACAUCAAAUGCUCAAGGCUCCAUGCCUGAAGGAUGCAGUUCUUACAGAUCAAAAGCGCCUAAUCUGGCCGGUGCUAUUGAAUAUAAUGAUGUGAAAACAUUGCUGAGGGAGUGGAUAACUACAAUUUCUGAUCCUAUGGAAGAAGAUAUAUUGCAAGUAGUGAAGUACUGCACGGAUCUAAUUGAAGAAAAAGAUCUGGAAAAAUUAGAUCUGGUUAUAAAAUACAUGAAAAGGUUAAUGCAACAAUCUGUGGAAUCCGUGUGGAACAUGGCAUUUGACUUCAUUCUGGACAAUGUUCAGGUUGUUUUACAGCAGACUUAUGGAAGCACGCUGAAAGUGUAAAAUGCAAUGAGAAGCACAACAUCCCAACUAUCUGGGAUCUUGUGGAGCAUUUGCAUGAUUUUAAAGCUUAAAAAUCAUUUUACAUUUCUUUUAAUAAAUAAUUUUGUACAUUUUCUUCAUAAAGUGCCAAAUUUGUCAGUAUUGCAUGUAAAUAUUUGUGUUUCAGAUUCCUUUAUUGUAGUAUAGGCUAUUUACAAAUCGUUUGUUUAUAAGAGUUUUAUGGAUUUUUACAGUGAAGUGUUCACACGUGUUUAAUAAAUAAGUGCAAUACA